AUGGCCACCCACAUUUUGAUCAUCGUGAGUUUGUUAGCCAUCAUUUCUGCCCCUGUCACUGCCUCGGAUCCUAGUCCGUUGCAAGAUUUUUGCGUCGCGGAACAUUCUAAUUCAGUAACAAUCAAUGGCUUUGCUUGUUUGGAUCCGGAGCUGGUAAAUGCCGACCAUUUCUUUUUCAGUGGACUCCAUGUACCCGGCAACACAUCAAAUGCCCUUGGAUUCGGUCCCAGACCUACUCAAAUACCUGGACUGAACACCCUUGGGAUCAAUCUUGCUCGAGCAGACUUCGCAACAGAAGGUGUGCUUCCACCCCACACACACCCUCGAGCAAGUGAAAUUGUUACCGUCUUGGAAGGCAGCUUAUUUGUUGGCUUUGUCACCUCAAACCCGCUGAACAGGCUCAUUUCAAAGGUAAUUCAAAAGGGUGAUGUGUUUGUCUUUCCCAUUGGACUCGUUCACUUCUUGUAUAAUGUAGGGAAUGCACCUGCUUCUGUGAUCUCUACCUUUAGCGGCCAGAACCCAGGUGUCGUUAUGGUUCCUGGUUUGUUUCAAACCAAUCCAUCCAUUCCUGAUGAGAUUCUGGCCAAGGCUUUUCAGGUGGACAAAUCCGUAAUUCGCGAACUUCGAUCGUAA